AUGGCGAUGGAGUCAUUGGGGGAAAUCUCUGCUGCCAUCAACCUAAUCGAAAUCAAGAAAGAAAACCUUCGGAAAUCAUUCCUCCACCUUCAAUCCCAAUCGUCGUCAUCUGCUUUGAAUCUCAAUCUCAAUUGGACCGAUUUCGAUUCCUAUUUCACAACCAUCUCUUCCUCCCUCCGCCACCGAUUCCAGCUCCUCAAUACCCUAAAUCCAUCAUCCACCACCACAUCCAUACUCAAACAUCUCUGUCGUAAUUCCGAUGGGAUAGGGUUAAGACGGUAUAUCACUAACGCCGCCAAUCGAUCAUUGCUGUUGGAACAACUCCCUGAUGCUUAUCUGUGCGCCCCUGAUGCUCCGGCCAUGGUUUUGGACGCAAUGGCAGGGUUUUAUUGCGGUAAAAGUCAUGAAUCGUGUUUGGUCAAGGGUGGUUGUACGAUUAUGUUGGAAGGAUUAAUGCGUAUGAAGCUGGAUAUUAGGGUUGAAAUGAAGAAUAAAGCGAUGAAGGUGGCGAUGCAGUGGAAUCGGAAGCGGCUGAUUAGUUCUGGUAAAGCAAAAAGACUUGAUGCAUUUGGGUUUUUGCUUCUUGUGGCAGUUUAUGGAUUGAUGGAUGGAUUUAGCAUGGAUGAGCUUAUCGAUUGCUUUGUGAUCUUCGCUACUAGAAAACUACGCAAGUUUGAUCUGUGUCGGAAGAUGAUUCCGGCGAAUAAGAUCGAUGAUCUGAUUCAGGAACUCAUUAAUAGAGACAUGGUAGUUGAUGCUGUGAAAUUCAGUAUCGAAUUUCAGAAAACCGACAGAUUUUCACCCGGUCAUCUCUUCGAGCAGCGUAAAGUAAUGUCUACGAAGAUUAUGGAGGUGACCCGUAAGAACGGAAAGGAUUAUCAGAAUAAGGUUAUAGUGAAAGAAAUCGAGGCGUUAAGGUCAAUGAUCAAAUGCAUUGAUGAAUAUGGUCUAGAAUCGGUGUAUCCAAAGGAUAUUGUCGUUGAUCUCGUGAAGAAACUAGAGAACGAGGCGGGUUUUGGAAAACGAGUGGCGGUUCACAGGAAGCAGCAGCAGCAACCACAGCCAAAGAUGCGGAAAUUAAACAACUUUCUUGAAGUUACUGCAUCGACCAUACCAACAAGUGGCUGUUCUCCGGCUGGGUGCACCCCCAUGGCUCCAUACGGUAACAUUGGUUACGGUGGGCCUGGUGGGUCUCGGUCUUAUCUUCCACAAGCACACCCUCCAUCCGGAUCAGGUUAUAUCGAUAAUUCGAACGAGUUGGCAGCCGAAUAUCGACCAUCUUAUUAUCCUCACUGAUCCUUGGUUGCAGAUUGUGUUUAGUGCAGUAGAUAGGAACAAGUUUUCAUCUGGGAUCUGUAAAAAAAUCUUAAAUUUUGAUGGGUAUUGUGUUUUAAUUUGAUUACAUAUUUGUAAAUCAA